CACACGCUCUCCAUCAUCGUCUCUUACUGCCAUCGAUCGGACUUUCUCAAUUAUAUCAGACUCCUACUCGUUUUCCCUACGCAUACCUUCUAAUCUCGAUCCUUCCGAGCCAUGUCGGAGAAGCAAGCCCCCCUCAAUGGGGCCUACUACGGCCCGUCGGUCCCACCCCGGAAGUCCUACCUCCGCCCGGGCAGGAGCAGGGGCUGCGGCUGCGGAUGCUGCCUCUUGACGCUCCUCCUGGAGAUUAUCGUGACCGUUGUGGUCAUCGUCGGCCUCGCUGCCUUCAUCUUCUGGCUCAUCUUCCGCCCCAACCUCCUCAAGUACCAUGUGACGGACGCGCAGCUGACGCAGUUCAACCUCACCACCACCACCUCCAACUCCCAGCAGCUUAACUACAACCUCCGCCUCAACCUCACCCUUCGCAACCCCAACAAGAAGAUCGGCGUCUACUACGACCGCAUCGAGGCCCGGGCAUACUACGAGGGACAGCGCUUCCACGACGUGACCUUACCAAAAUUCUACCAGGGCCACAAGAACACCACCAUCCUCUCCCCCACGUUCGAGGGCCAGCGGGUCAUCGUCCUCGGGAGCGACGAGCUCUCCGACUUCAACUCCGACAAGGCCGCUGGGGUGUACGACAUCGACGUCAAGCUCUACCUCAGGGUUCGGUUCAAGCUCGGGAAGAUCAAGACGUUCCGCUUCAAGCCGAAGAUCAAGUGCGACCUUAAGGUGCCCGUCAGCACCGCCGGUUCGGCCAGUGAUUUUGGGUCCACCAAGUGCGAUUUUGAUUGGUGAUCGAUUACUUAGUUGACCGGCAGGUCAUAUAUUACCAUUUCCUGCUAUUUCAUUCAUUUUUGGUUUUUCAUUUAUUUGGUGUAUUUACUGGCACAUUCGGAUUAUUUUUUGUUUUGCUCGAGUUAUACCUUAGGGUGAGGUUAUAUUGAAUGGUCAAUUGGGUUCAUAUUGACCAUUUCUUUGUUGCUUAUUAUAUUCGUUUUCUUCAUGUACAUAGAAAAUAAAUAAAGGAACUUCUUAUAGGGUUUCUCUCUGUAAA